CGCUCCUCCUCUUGAACGCCCCUUCCACCUUACUUCGCCCCCCGCCCAUACCGCUCGUCUCGCACCACCCGACCCCCUCCCCACAACACUUCUUCUGCAACAAUGGUCGCUAUCAAGCUUACCGUCGGCACCGUCCUGGUCGCCAUGCUCGGGGCCUCCAAUGCCCUCAUCAUCCCCACCAGCCAGGUCUGCGCACCUCCCGUCACCGUGACCCAAUACGUUACGAGGGGUGCCUCUGAGCUCCAAGGUGCGGCCUCAAGCGCUGCUCAGCAGUUCUCCGAGUACCAGGGCGCCUUCUCCAGUGCGCUUGGCAAGCUUCCUGGCCUCUCGGCCCCUGGUGUCCCUGCCGCCCCUACCAACGGUGGCGCCUCGUCCUCGACGAGCACCAAGAAUGGCAACGCGAUGCCCACCCCAACUCUCCCCAGCGCCAGCAACCCGGCCAGCGCCUUCCAGGCUGCUGCCAGCGACGUGAUCGCUUCUCUCUCCAAGGCUGCCGCUUCUGCCUCCGGCCUUCCCAACGCCAACCAGUACAGCGCCUCAGCUGCAGCCAUCCAGUCGAGCCUCUCGUCGCUGGCUAACCAGUUCAAGAAUGGUGCCACAGUCCCCUCCUCUGUCCCCACCGCAGCCGUCAUCUCUCAAGGCCAGGCAUUCGCCAGCUCCCUCCAAGCUGCUGCCUCCUCGGCCCGCGCCGCCGCAACGAAGGGCCCCUCGGUCGGCAGCGCCAUCUCCUCGGGCAUUGCCUCUGGCCAGCAGGCCGUGCAGAGCGGUGCUGCUGCUCUUCAGAGCCAAGGCGCAGCCGCUGCUUCGCAGGGGGCCGCAGCUCUUCAGUCCGGCGCAGCUGCUGGCCAGGCUGCUAUUUCCUCGGGCGUCGCCUCUGGUCAGCAAGCCGCUCAGUCUGGUGCCGCCGCUCUCCAGAGCCAGGGCGCCGCUCUUGCCAGCCAGGGCUCAGCAGCUCUUCAGUCGGGUGCUGCAGCUCUCAAGUCAGGCGCAGCUGCUGGCCAAGCCGCGGCAACCUCUGGCAUUGCCUCCGGCCAACAGGCUCUUCAGAGCGGAGCCGCAGCUUUGAAGUCUGGCGCGGCUGCUGGUGCUUCAGCUGUUCAGUCGGGUGCCGCCGCACUCCAGAGUGGGGCUAACCAGGCCAAGAGCGCAGCCGCUGCUGGCCAGAGCGCUCUCGCCUCGGGUGCUGCCUCCGGUCAGCAAGCUCUUCAGAGCGGUGCCGCUGCCCUUCAGUCAGGAGCAGCCGCUGGUGCUUCCGCUGUCAAGUCGGGCGCAGCUGCCGGCCAGAGCGCUCUUGCUUCGGGCGCUGCCUCCGGCCAGCAAGCUCUUCAGAGCGGAGCCGCAGCACUUCAGUCCGGAGCAGCCGCUGGUGCUUCCGCUGUCAAGUCUGGCGCAGCAGCCGGCCAAAGCGCUAUCGCGUCGGGCGUGAGCCAAGGUGCCGCCGCCCUCCAGAGCGGUGCCAACCAGGCAAAGAGCGCUGAGGCUGCGGGCCAGAGUGCUCUCGUCUCCGCUGUCAAGAGCGGCCAACAGGCUGCCGCUACCGGAAUCGCUCAGGGUGAGGCUGCGGCGAAGAGCGGUGCAGCUGCUGGUCAGAGCGCCCUUGCUUCGGGCAUCAACGCCGGCAAGUCCGCCUUCUCCAGCUUCAUCGGUGCAACCACGGCACUGCCUAAGCCCACCUCGGUCCCUCAGGUCAUCGCCAGCGCUGCCUCUGCCGCUCGUGCCUCGGGCUCUGCCCUUGCCUCGCAGGGCGCUGCGGCUCUCCAGUCCGGUGCCGCUGCUCUCUCAUCCCAGGCGGCGUCUGGAGCCGCUGCCGUCCAGUCUGGCAUUGCUUCGGGCGAGGCCGCGGGUGAGGCUGCUGCUGCCGCCUUCCGCCAGCAGGUCACCAACGGCAUGACUGCUCUCGAGUCGCAGGCCGACUCCCUCAAGGACACCUUUGAGUCCCAGGCUGCCAACUUCGCUCAGCAGGGCCAGGCCUACGCGGCCAAGCUCCAGGCAUUCGGCUCAGCCAUCGCGGCUCAGGCUGACGCGGCUGCUAAGCAGGGCGCUGACCAGCUCGCUGCCGGAUCUGCUGAGGGCCAGAAGCUCGCCAAGGCCUUCGCUGCUUAUUCACAGGCUGAGGCCGAGCUCUUCGCCGCCAUGCUGAAGAAUCAGGCCGAGAUUGCUGCCUCGUCGGCCAGGCAGCAGUUUGUUGAGGCUGUCAACUACUUCCAGACGGAGAGCGCGCGCUUCGCCAAGACGCUCCAGUCUGCCUACCCUCACUUCACCUUCGUGACUCCCAGCUUCAGCUCCACCUCUUUCAGCACCUGAGCGCGCCGAGGUCUAAGCUCUUGAUCCCAGUUUCCCUUCGUCUUGAAACCCCCUUCUUCUCCUUUCGUGCAUCGUCUCAAUAGUCACUGUAUCGCU